AGAGUGAAGCAAUGUUCAACAGCAGCUCCAUCAGCCACUUCCUCCUGCUGCCAUUGGCACACACGCGGCAGCUGCAGCUCCUGCACUUCUGCCUCUUCCUGGCCAUCUCCCUGGCUGUCCUCCUGGCCAACGGCCUCAUCAUCAGCGCCGUAGCCUGCGGCCACCUCCUGCACAGCCCCAUGUUCUUCUUCCUGCUCCACCUGGCCCUCAGCGACCUGGGCUCCAUCUGCACCACUGUCCCCAAAGCCAUGCACAAUUCCCUCUGGGACACCAGCAACAUCUCCUAUGAAGGAUGUGCUGCACAGCUAUUUCUGUUUGUCUUUUUCAUUUCAGCAGAGUAUUUCCUCCUGACCAUCAUGUGCUACGACCGCUACGUGUCCAUCUGCAAACCCCUGCACUACAGGACCCUCCUGGGCAGCAGAGCUUGUGCCCACAUGGCAGCAGCUGCCUGGGCCAGUGCCUUUCUCUAUUCACUGCUGCACACAGCCAAUACAUUUUCCCUGCCCCUGUGCCAUGGCAAUGCCCUGGGCCAGUUCUUCUGUGAAGUCCCACAGAUCCUCAAGCUCUCCUGUGCCAAAUCCUACUUCAGGGAACUUGGGCUUCUUGCUGUUAGUGCCUGUUUACAUUUUGGCUGUUUUGGGUUCAUUGUUUUCUCGUAUGUGCAGAUCUUCAAGGCUGUGCUGAGGAUCCCCUCUGAGCAGGGACGGCACAAAGCCUUUUCCACCUGCCUCCCUCACCUGGCUGUGGUCUCCCUGUUUGUCACCACUGUAGCAUUUGCGCACCUGAAGCCACUUUCAGUGUCCUACCCAUCCCUGGAUCUGUCAGUGUCAGUUCUGUACUCGGUGGUGCCUCCAUCCAUGCUCUGCCUGGUCCUUGACAUCUCAAAGAUGACCACAGGGCUGCCAGGGCUGUUCCUGGGCUGUGCCUCCAGCAGGACCCUCAGCACGGCCUCCACCUCCAUCGGCACCGUGGCCCCCGGCACCGCUCAGGACUUGGUGAAGCCACGGCUGCCGGCGCUGUCCCCGUGGGAGCUGACACUCAUCUCCAAGGGGCUCUGGGAGUGCCACCGAGCUGGGACAUGCCAGGCCGUGCCAUCCAACCAGUGA